CACAGGGUAGAGCAAAUGAUAUAAAAUUCGUCUGCUCAAAUAUAACAACUAUCUAACAGCAGCUAGAAGUCAGCUUUGAUUAAUUUGUUUUAUACAAUUAUGAAAAGUCUAUGAAAGUCUAGUGAAGAACAGUUUGAAAUAUCAAAAAGACAAAUGAUGGAGCCUGUAGCAACUUCAUCCGCGGAAUCUUAUGAGACGAGUGAUCCUCAGACCUCUCUUCGGGAAGCAGAGACAUUGAGGAUAAAAAAAGAUCAUGGCGGAGAGUUUCGGUGUAGCUAUUGCUUGUUAGAAGAACAUUACGAUUACAAAGGCGCAAAACCACCCUUUGCAAAAAAUCUUGCUUACUUAGAAGACUGCUACAUUAUGAAAGAUCCAUUUAGUCAGCCAAACAGGGGAGAGGUCUUAGUUCUGGGAGCAGAUUGCAUCGUUUGUAAUAAACCCGUUUGUCUUGGUUGCAGCAUAUUCUUUGCUAAAAGAUUCUGCAGAGACUGUGCAGCAAAAAAUAUUGCUAGUCUACCCAUGCAGUUACACGCUAAAAUAAAGAGUCUGAGAAAAGAGAACGACCAAUCUGAUGACAAGUACUGAUAAGAUAGGGAUUGCACGCUAAAUGUAUAUUAUUAAAAUUUUAAGUUUCAAUCACUUCCUACUUUGGGUUUUUACAUUCAGUAAAAUUAGGCGGACCGUAAAAAAAUUCGGGAAGAAAAGAUCUGAUUGAAGUGGCUCAGGGAUUACGAGUAAUCCGAACUCAGCACAUCACAUACGCAAAAAUGCCUAAAAAGAUAACGAGUUGAGUCAUUUUCGGGCUGAGAUCACAUUCUAUUUCCGCAUUAAGAUCGGACUUCUUGUUGUAAUAUUGUGGAUAAAUAUGAAGUCUACGAGUGUUAAAAUUGCCACUUAUCAGCAAUUCGAACUUUGAUUAAUAAAUAUCAUUUUAUAAUAAAUUCGAAUUUUUAUCGUAUAAUAGCAUUUGUAAAAUUGAACACGUUCUUUUCUGGAGAGCCCUAAAACAGUCGAUAAUAUGACUGAACACCUGAGUCGAUCAUUCGACUCUAAAUGCUCGAGUCUUAAGCUCAUUUUCAUUUUUUACAACAAGAACGGGGUUUGGUAUUAAACUAUCCGACAUUCGUUAAUAAUACUAAAUACUCAAGAGAGUCAGCAAGCAAGACUACUUAAGAAAGUAUCGAUAAGCAAUACACCGGAAGAUCUUUGCAUUUUUGAAACUUUGGCGCCGUUCAACAAUCAUCUGAAAGGUGGCGCCAUGACCUUGAUCAGAGAGUGGAGUUCGCGUCAACGACAGGAACAGCAAUAAAAAGAGAGUGAGAGAUAAAAACACAAAAAAGAGAUAGAAGAACUUCGUGAGACUUCCCCGCGUGCGGUGGCAUAAUCGCGGGAUGCGGGUUUAGUUUUAGUCUAUCCGUCCGGUCUCCAAUUGUAACCAUUGCAUAGUUUGCGAUCGCGUCAGAUUUCUUGAUAUGGUAUAUGUAAUAAGUGAAUUCGAUUCAGAGCCGUAAAACGAAUAGAA